AAUCUCUACUCCUUACCCUCAUUUCUCGCUUCUCUCAGAUUCCUCUCUCCUCUCGCUUACCUCACACACAGACGAAGCACGAACAAAACAGAGAGAGAGAGAUAGAGAGAGAUUUUUCAGUUCUUCCUUGUUCCCGAUCGAUUUCGGGAGAUUCCGGUGUUGUUCGCCACCGGAAUCCCGUGAAAGCUUCGAAAUCUGCUCUCGGUUUUGGUUCAAAUCGGAAUUAACCAUGAAUUCGGAAUCCGUGAAGAUCUCUCCUUUGGAUUUCAUGUCGGCAAUUCUGAAAGGGAGCUUGGAUCCGUCAAAUGUAUCGACGGCUUCAGGAGAGAUGAUUUUGGUAGAGAAUCGGAAGUUUCUGAUGAUCUUGACAACCUCAAUGGCAGUAUUUAUCGGUUGCGUGAUUGUGUUCUUCUGGCGGAAGUCGUCGAGCCAGAAAUCGAGUAAAGUUGAAGCUCCGAAGCCAUUAGUGGUGAAGGAGCCUGAACCGGAGGCUGAUGAUGGGAAGAAGAAGGUUACGAUUUUCUUUGGGACGCAGACUGGUACUGCUGAGGGAUUUGCUAAGGCACUUGCCGAAGAAGCAAAAGCACGUUACGAGAGAGCAACUUUUAGAGUCGUUGAUCUGGAUGAUUACGCAGCCGAUGAUGAUGAAUACGAGGAGAAACUGAAGAAAGAGACUUUAGCCAUUUUCUUUUUGGCAACAUAUGGAGAUGGUGAGCCGACCGACAAUGCUGCAAAAUUCUAUAAAUGGUUCACAGAGGGGAAUGAGAGGGGAGAAUGGCUUCAGAAUCUUCAAUACGCAGUAUUUGGUCUGGGCAACAGGCAGUAUGAGCAUUUCAAUAAGGUGGCAAAGGUUGUGGAUGAUAUCAUCAUUGAACAGGGUGGAAAGCGUCUUGUCCAAGUGGGCCUUGGAGAUGAUGACCAGUGCAUUGAAGAUGACUUUUCCGCAUGGCGAGAAGCAUUAUGGCCUGGGUUGGAUCAGUUACUCCGAGAUGAAGAUGAUACUAGUGUUUCAACUAAGUAUACUGCUGCUGUACCAGAAUAUCGUGUUAUGUUUAAUGAUCCUGCUGAUGCAUUACUACAGGAAAAGAACUGGAGCAAUGCAAAUGGUCAUGCUGUUCAUGACAUUCAACACCCGUGCAGAGCUAACGUGGCUGUCCGGAGGGAGCUUCACACUCAAUCUUCUGAUCGAUCUUGCACUCAUCUGGAAUUUGACAUUGCAGGCACUGGGCUUUCAUAUGAAACAGGGGACCAUGUUGGUGUAUAUUGUGAAAAUACUAUUGAAGUUGUGGAAGAGGCUGAGAGGUUAUUAGGUUACUCAGCAGAUACUUGCUUCUCUAUAUAUGCUACUAAAGAGGAUGGCACUCCAAUUAGUGGGUGCCCCCCUCCUUUCCCAUCGCCUUGCACUGUAAGAACUGCAUUGACCCAGCAUGUGGAUCUUCUGAAUUCUCCCAAGAAGGCUGCUUUACUUGCUUUAGCUGCUCAUGCUUCUGAUCCAAGUGAAGCUGAUCGUUUAAGACAUCUUGCAUCUCCUGCUGGAAAGGAUGAAUAUGCACAGUGGAUUAUAGCAAGUCAGAGAAGCCUUCUGGAGGUGUUGGCUGAAUUUCCUUCUGCGAAACCUCCCCUUGGAGUUUUCUUUGCGGCAGUAGCUCCUCGAUUGCAGCCUAGAUACUAUUCCAUCUCAUCCUCCCCAAGGAUGGCACCAUCUAGAAUUCAUGUUACAUGUGCCCUAGUUCUUGAGAAAACACCAGCAGGAAGAAUUCAUAGAGGAGUAUGCUCAACUUGGAUGAAGAAUGCUGUCUCUUUGGAUGAAAGCCGUGAUUGCAGCUGGUCUCCCAUUUUUGUGAGGCAGUCCAACUUUAAACUGCCGUCUGAUACUUCUGUACCAAUUAUCAUGGUUGGCCCUGGUACAGGUUUGGCUCCUUUCAGGGGGUUCUUGCAGGAAAGAUUAGCUCUGAAAGAAGCUGGAGCUGAUCUUGGACCUGCUAUCCUCUUCUUUGGAUGCAGAAACCGCCAAAUGGAUUACAUCUAUGAGGAUGAGUUGAACAGCUUUUUCAAUGGUGGUGCAAUUUCUGAGCUAGUUGUUGCCUUCUCACGUGAGGGACCCACAAAAGAAUAUGUGCAGCACAAGAUGAUGGAGAAGGCCUCAGAUAUCUGGAACAUGAUCUCUCAGGGCGGUUACCUCUAUGUCUGUGGUGAUGCCAAAGGCAUGGCCAGGGAUGUCCACCGAACUCUUCACACCAUUGCCCAAGAGCAGGGAUCUCUGGACAGCUCCAAGGCUGAGAGCAUGGUGAAGAAUCUGCAAAUGGAUGGGAGAUAUCUCCGUGAUGUAUGGUGAUAUACCAGAGGCUCUGCUAGAAGAAAGACAUUUUAAGUUCUACUCUCUGGACAACCAGCUGAUAGUUGAAAGAACAAUAUGUAUCGAUGAGGGGCCAAUUUGCGGCUGCCAACCUUAAAUGCCGUCCGUAAAAGGGAAGGGCAUUCUAUUGUCAUGGUUAUGUGAUUCUUUUUUUCAUUCAUCCUAACAAUGAUUUUUCCUUGUAAUUUAUAUAUAAUAUAUAUAUUUAGUGAUGUUCCUGGUAUUUAUUAGGUCACCCUUGGGAAGUUCUAUUCCAUUUCUUAUAUUCUUGUCCCCAAAUUUGUAUGAGCCCCCAGGUUCUGAACGUUAUAUUUAUGUUUCAGAGACUGAUGAAACUAAAACCCAAUUUGGAGAGGGUAAUUUUAGUUUCUUUAUAUUAUUUU